AUGGCUGUAGAGACUAAAAAACAUUCACAACAAGCAAAUAAUGUUUCUUCUAGUUCCCUUGAAAAAUCCAAUGUGGACAAAAAUCCCCUAUCAGAAACAGCUGUCGAUAAAGAUAAAGAUGAUGUUGAAAUAGAGUAUGUAUUACCACCUUUAGAUAUACCAAACGAACCACACUUUGAAGAAUUCUCAAAGGUUUUUGCCCAUUUUCAGGUUCAAAAAGAAGAAACUGAGUCUCAAGCAGCCGCCCUACAAACGGAAGAGGAAUCGCUGGAAGUAACAAAACCUCAAGAAAAUAACACUACCAACAAGAUUAAUAGUGUUACUAAAGCAUUACUAGACUCUGAUAACGAGGACGAGGAAUCCGAGGAAGAAGAAAGCAAUAAAGAUAAAGUAUCGAAAAAGAAGUUGCGGAAACUGAAUAGACUUAGUGUUGCGCAGUUAAAACAGUUGGUAAAGCGACCUGAAGUUGUUGAGUGGGUUGAUGUAACAGCAGCUGAUCCUAAAUUACUCGUAAGUCUUAAAGCAUAUCGAAAUACAGUGCCGGUGCCACAGCAUUGGUCACAAAAAAGAAAAUACCUUCAAGGAAAACGAGGAAUUGAGAAGCCUGCUUUUGAAUUACCCGAUUUUAUAAAGGAUACUGGUAUCAUGGAAAUGCGCGAAGCAGUCAAAGAAAAAGAAGACGCAGCUAAACUAAAACAAAAAACACGUGAGCGAGUGCAACCAAAAAUGGGCAAAUUAGAUAUUGAUUAUCACAAGUUGCAUGACGCGUUUUUCCGAUUUCAGGCAAAACCUAAACUCACAAUUCAUGGAGAGCUAUAUUACGAGGGAAAAGAAUUUGAAACAAAACUUAAAGAAAAGAAACCCGGCCAAUUGUCGGAAGAACUAAAAGCCGCGUUAAAUAUGCCUCCACUUGCUCCUCCUCCAUGGUUAAUUGCAAUGCAACGAUAUGGUCCUCCACCCAGCUACCCGAACUUAAAAAUUCCCGGGUUGAACUCUCCGAUACCGGAAGGUAAGAAAUAUAAUCGACCAUUAUAUGGUGAUGUCUUUGGAACAUAUCAACAAGAAAUACCAUUAGAGAUGGUUCAACCAAUUGAACGAAAAUUAUGGGGUGAAUUAGAAGUUGAAGAAGAAGCUAAAGCAUUACAAGAGGGUCUAGUGACACCUAGUGGUAUGGCCAGUGUAGCCAACGGUCUUGAAACCCCUGCAUAUAUAGAAUUGAGGAAAUUCCAAAAUGCACCUUCAGUCGCUGCACCAACGGCUGCUGCUUCAUUAGAAAGUGGCCUACAAACUCCGAGUGUUAUCGAGUUGCGAAAAUAUCAAAGAGCCGAAGAAGAGGAACCCAAACCUUUGUUCACAGUCCUUCCUCAAAAAGAAGCAUCGAUAUCGGGAUUCAUGGGAUCACAACAUGUCUACGACUUGUCUGCUGCUGGCGUGACAACAUCCAAGGGUAAAAAAGAGCAUCAACCCGAAGGUGCACACGAAGAUUUCUCUGAUAUGUUGGCCGAACAUGCAAAUAAACAAGCAAAGAAACGGCAAAAACUCGCGGAUGCGAAAGCAGCUGCACGGGAUGCAGGAGCUGGUGGUAGUGGAUCUAGUCAAAAGAAACACAAAGAGUUUAAAUUCUAA